AUGCCUACCUACGGAACAAUGCUGCUGGUUCCGACGGUAUUUGUCGUGUUGGUCAUUGCUGGUUUUGAGUAUUAUUAUUUUAAAUCGACACCGUUUAUUAAUGGGCGUUCAGAUGCUGUCAUAGCUGACGUUGGUAAGUCCGUUCACACAACAUUCACACUACACCGAAGCGUUCUAAAACGGCGUAAAAAUGUCACAAUUAUCCGUCGCGUCCACACUACGCCGAAGCGACGUUGUCUGAAAUUAAAACGUCACUUUUGCCGCAACAAUUUGAGCACGGUUUCUGGCGCGGAGCGAAUUGAAAACGAAGCACUUGCAUGCCGACGUCGUGUGAACACAAACGCCGUCACUUUUUUUGCGCCGCUUGCACCAAGGAUCUGAAGUCUCAAAACAGUAAAUUCGAAAUGCUUUUCGUGUAAAUUUCUUUGCUCUAUUUGAGAUAUUUUGGCUUUAAAUGAGUGCUAGUUUAUUUUGUAAACAACUGAACUGCAACGGCGUAGCUAGUGUGAACACACGUAAAUUCUGGCGGCACUGUUUCGCUCCAGGUUAGUGUGAACGCGUAGUCUAAAAAUAUUUUACAUCGAAUGCUAUUAGAUAUUUGGGUUAUCUCGAUGAAAUUUGACACAUAUAUACAGUCUUGCAGUUGGUUUGAGGUAAUUUCGAUUCAUAAACAUUAGUUAAUCAGGUGUUGUAGUCAAAUAACCACCGUUUGAGCAACGACAAUGAAGUUAGGCGGUUAUAGAAAUAGGUAUGGAGGUGUUUCACUUUGUGCUGGUUCUUAUACAUAAAAAACUGUUUUGGAAGGUCCUGACGCAGAGCUAAAGCUUUAAAGGUUUAAAUGAACCUGCAGCUUUCAAAAAUUCUUCAAUAGCAAAACCAGUAUACAGUCUUGAACAGAUAAUAAUCAGUUGCACAAUUAAAUGCUUUAGUUUUAUUUUAAAAUAUGAGAGUCUGGUUGAAUAACAUAUUAUACCAACAAAUUAUUAAUUUUGUUAUAUACAGUUCUCUUGACCAAUUCACAAUUGGGCAUCACAAAACUAAAAGUCGAUAUUGACUUCACUAUGUGACUACUUACCCUCCAGCUAUUCAAAAACAGCAUUGACACUCAAGAGAAGCUCAGAUUGAACCUCCACUCAUUGAGUGUGAGUGAGCUUUUAGAAUACGGGCGUUAGUCAUGCAUGAAAAUUAAAAAUCAAUAUAAUCUCGAAUAUAUAAUACCAUUAACUCUCUUUUUAAGGCGGAAAAGGACAGCAAGAAGAGGUUGGAGUCGAUCAAUAGAGUUUGCAGAAAACGUAACGUAACAAAUUUAGUGAAACCGAUAAAUGAUCGCAGAGAGAGAGAGAAGGCACGGCGAAGAAACACCUUGUUUGAACAUUUGGUUGUGAACGAAAAAUACAAAGUUAUUUAUUGCUAUCUACCUAAAGUUAGUACAACCAACAUGAAGAGGAUAUUCCUGGUUUUGGAAGGAUUGUAUUCAAGUAUUAGUCAAGUCGAGAUGCUGGAUCGUCAAUUAAUACGUUUGAAUAAUCCAAAGUUCACUGAAGAACAACGACAGUAUAUGCUUAAGAAUUUCUACAAGUUCACAAUUGUACGAGAUCCUUUCGAACGGUUCGUGUCUGCGUUCCUACAUAAAUUCCGACGUUACAGUGAAGUCACAAUUUUUGCAUCCCUUGGAAAACGGAAUACAAAUAAUACAAAAACACCUAUAGCAGGACGUAAUGUAAGCUUCACGGAGUUCGCACUCAAUGCGAUUAACAAUCCGCCUUGGAUGCUGAACAUGCAUUGGAUGCCAUAUGAAGACCUAUGCCAUCCUUGUCAUGUGAAAUAUGACUUCAUCGGCUCUAUCGACAAUCUUGAUCGAGAUGUGACCCAUGCCAUGAGACAGAUACAUGCAAAUGAAACCAAGCAUCACGUGAUACGCGACAGCCGUGCACGAACCAAAACAAAACAAACAACAGCAGAUUUCCUAAAAGAACUUUCCAGAGAGUACUUUGAUCAACUGUUGGCUGUUUAUAAAACAGACCACGAGUUAUUUGGUUAUCCUCUGCCCAAAUACGACACAUUGGAUAAGCGCUACCCCGCCUGA